AACACUCUGCACUGCCUGUUCUCUCCAGCCCCCUGAGUUGUGUCUUUGCCCCUCAGACGGCCACCAGGAGGAGACAGACCAACCCCUGUGAUGAAUGGAGCUAGGAUGUGUCCUGUAGCUGGAGGUUCUGCAGAUUAUUCCGGAAAACUGGCUUGAACGCAGCCAGGCUGUAGGCCGGGAAGAGCUCCUCUCAGCUCUUGCCUUUCUCCAGCAAACAUCCCAGAGGAACCUCACCGCCUCCGAGAGAAACCUCCCGAGGCAGUGCCCGCUGGCCGAGGAUGAGGGAGUAGGGGUGAUCCAGGCAAGUGAUCUCAGCUGGUCAGUCAGGGAGGCCUUCCUGGAGGAGGUGAGUCUGAGCAGCGUGACAGCGAGUGACUAAGGCUGAGGCCGGCCGGGACAGAGCGCGCCGCUUCCAGGGCCGGACUCCCAGUCCUGCAGCAUGAGGCUGCUCCGCAGGCGCCACAUGCCACUGCGCCUGGCCGUGGCCGGCAGUGCCUUCCUGCUCUUCCUCUUCAUCAUGCAACGGGACGUGAGCAGCAGGGAGCAGGCCACCGAGAAGCCGUGGCUGAACUCACUGGUGGGCCAGAAGGGCCACAUGCUGGACCUCAUGCUGGGCGCCAUGAACAACCUCCGGGACUCCAUGCCCAAGCUGCAGAUCCGGGCUCCGGAGCCCCAGCAGACACAGGCUCCCACCAACCGCUCCUGCCUGCCCGGCUUCUAUAGCCCUGCUGAACUGAAGCCCUUCUGGGAGCGGCCGCCGCAGGACCCCAAAAGCCCCGGAGCGGACGGGAAGGCGUUCCACAAGAGCGAGUGGACGCCGCAGGAGAAGCAGGAGAAAGAGGAGGGCUACAAAAAGCACUGCUUCAACGCCUUCGCCAGCGACCGCAUCUCCCUGCAGAGGGCCCUGGGCCCAGACACCCGGCCUCCAGAAUGUGUCGACCAGAAGUUCCGGCGCUGCCCACCCUUGCCCACCACGAGCGUCAUCAUCGUGUUCCACAACGAAGCGUGGUCCACACUGCUGCGGACGGUGUACAGCGUGCUGCACACCGCCCCUGCCAUCCUGCUGCGGGAGAUCAUCCUGGUGGAUGAUGCCAGCACAGACGAGUACUUGAAGGAGGAGCUGGAGCAGUAUGUGAAGCAGCUGCAGGUGGUGCGUGUGGUGCGGCAGCCGGAGCGCAAGGGGCUGAUCACUGCCCGGCUGCUGGGGGCCAGCGUGGCGCAGGCGGAGGUGCUCACCUUCCUGGAUGCCCACUGCGAGUGCUUCAACGGCUGGCUGGAGCCGCUGCUGGCUCGGAUCGCUGAGGAUGAGACGGCGGUGGUGAGCCCGGACAUCGUCACCAUCGACCUCAACACCUUCGAGUUUGCCAAGCCCGUGCCGAGGGGCAGAGUCCACAGCCGUGGCAACUUUGACUGGAGCCUGACCUUCGGCUGGGAGGCCGUUCCGACCCACGAGAGGCAGCGGCGCAAGGAUGAGACCUACCCCAUCAAGUCGCCGACGUUUGCCGGUGGGCUCUUCUCCAUCUCCAAGUCCUACUUUGAGCACAUCGGUACCUACGAUAAUCAGAUGGAGAUCUGGGGAGGGGAGAACGUGGAAAUGUCCUUCCGGGUGUGGCAGUGUGGCGGCCAGCUGGAGAUCAUCCCGUGCUCUGUGGUGGGCCAUGUGUUCCGGACCAAGAGCCCCCACACCUUCCCCAAGGGCACCAACGUCAUCGCCCGCAACCAGGUGCGCCUGGCCGAGGUCUGGAUGGACAGCUACAAGAUGAUUUUCUAUAGGAGGAACCAGCAGGCGGCCAAGAUGGCCCAGGAGAAGUCCUUUGGGGACAUCUCGGAACGGCUGCGGCUCAGGGAGCAACUGCACUGUCGCAACUUCUCCUGGUUUCUACACAAUGUCUAUCCCGAGAUGUUUGUGCCGGAUCUGAACCCCACCUUCUAUGGAGCUAUCAAGAACCUCGGCCUUGGUCAGUGCCUGGACGUGGGUGAGAACAACCGAGGAGGGAAGCCCCUCAUCAUGUACCCGUGCCACGGCCUCGGUGGCAACCAGUACUUUGAGUACACUACACAGAAGGACCUACGUCACAACAUCGCCAAGCAGCUGUGUCUACACGCCGGCACGGGCACCCUGGGCCUCAGGAGCUGCCACUUUACUGGCAAGAACAGCCAAGUUCCCAAGGACGAGGAGUGGGAACUGACCCAGGAUCAGCUCAUCAGGAACUCGGCAUCUGGCACCUGCCUGACGUCCAGGGACAAGAAGCCAGCCAUGGCUCCCUGCAAUCCCACUGACCCCCACCAACUCUGGCUGUUUGUCUAAGCCUCGGAUUGGCCCCAGUUGGGACCCCUGCACCCCAAAACCCUGCGAGCCUCUCCAGAAAUAAGGUGCUGUUAUUCUUGGUUGUGGAUGAAUUUCUCAACCCAGUCUUGGCAAGGCGGUACCUCCUGGUCCUUGCAGCAAGCCUGGGCCUGUUUGCUCCUCUCCACCUCUGGGGUUAGGAGGUUUGGCUGGGCAACGCAGACAGGGCAGCUGGGAGAGAGCUCAGCUGACCUCAAAAGGGAUGCCUGCCCAGCCGCACCCUCCAUCCCACUCACCUGCACCAGACAGCAGGGAGCCAGCGUGUUCAGCUGAAGUGGCCCCAGCUCCCGGGACCUGAAGUCUACUGAACCAUGCAGACAGAGGGCAACCAUAUCCUCACUUGCAUGGCACACCUGUGAGAAAAUCAGAACAGGAUGCUGCCAGCCCAUUUCACAGAUAGGAAAGCUGAGGCUGAAGGACUGUGGGUUUGCGACCACAGCCAGCAGGGGAGCCGGGGCAUUUGGGGCUAGCUCUUUCUAGCGCACCACAAGAGAACUAGCCCCCCUGCCUUGCUCCACCUGCCUUGCUGCUCACGGCCUGCCAGCUGGCUCCACAGAGCCUGAGACAGUAGGCCCUGUUGGGGCAAUCCUGGGAUGUCUGUGUUGCAGAAAAGCUCUUGGGGCCAGUGAUUGUCAAGGUGAAGUCCUAGGACCUCCCCCACCCCUUCAACUCCCUUAUUUAAAGUUGACAGAAAAUAGAGAGAUGAGGAAAGGGCAGGGUCCCGCGCAGCCUCUGAACUUCUCAUUCGAAGGCCGUCUGCCAUAUUCUCAUGGCGUGAAACCACAGCCACUGGAUUUGUCCCAUGCCAGCACCAAGAGGUGGGCAGCUGGGACCUCGGGAAGGGCCAAGGAGAGUCCUGGGGGCCUGUAUAGAGUGCCCGCAUCGGAAGAGCUGUGCCUGCAGCUCUUCCUCAAGCAGUGAGCCUGGCUGUUCAAGAAGUUUCUCCAGGAGGCUGCCUCUGACGUCAGCAGCAGCAGCAGUCUUCGCAAGGGGGGGGGCGCUAGGACCACAGCGGCCCCCUGAUGGGGGUGGGGGGAGACACCGCCUCUGCCGUCCCCAGACCAGGGCCCUCAGGAUGCUACAGAAGGAAAGGGAACACUGUUCUUGCAAAUAAAGGUUUCUGGCGUUGGUGAAGGGAGUUUGUGUCCCUCGGCACCUGCCUUGUGAAGA